AUGAGAAGCGCGGACUCAUCGCCAAGUAAGGAGUUUGAGGUUGUCCAAGAUUCACAAAUAUCAGAAUUUGAUUCUCCUCUGAUAACGACUGGUACAGGUAGCCUCUUUCGCGAUGACGACGACGACGACGACGACGAAGACAAAGUGCAGCCCAACUUCAUCAGUGAUACGGAGAACGAUAGUUUAAAUAGUGACGAAGACUUGUCAACUUUCGACGGCGACUUAGCUCUCUCAACUGUCAAGUCAAAGACUACGGAUGAUUUUGACCCAAUCCUAAAAAGAAGUAUACCUUCCAAACGGAAGGUGGCAAGUAAUGACGAAGACGAAGAGGCCUCAAGAACGCCCAAAAAAUCAAUCAAUUACGUUCCAUUGAAAAGCUUCAAUCUGGGUGAGAGUUUCGACACUUCAAUUACUACUAAAGUGGCAAAACUACAACACCUGAACGAGGAAAUAUCGAAUUCACCUAAGAGGAGUCCAAAUAUUGUGGUCACUAGUAAUACUAUUGCUAAAAGCGAGUUACAAAAAAGUGUUAAGUUUUCUGGACCUAUUCCGGAGGCUUAUUUGGAUAUGGUUACCAAGGAGACGAUAUCAGAUAAAUAUAAAGACUGGUAUUUCAUCUCUGAAAACUGUCAUUACGAGGAGUUGAUGGAUUUAGAAAUGAGAGAUAUGGACCAUUCAUUCUUAUUUGGUAACGGCGAGUGUCAAGGGAAUGUUCCCGAAUUUCUUCGCUUGAAAUGCCCCAAGAUUACAGAUUUAUUAGCCCUGUUUGGCGUCAACGAAGAAAAAUUUCAAUCUUUAAAAAUUGAUUAUGGGCAAAAUGAAAAUUCCAAAUUCGAUAGUCUAUGCACAAUUUUCCCCGUCAAUAAAAUGCUGAAGUUUCUAAUGUAUUAUUAUAACGAUGCUGGCGAAGAAAAGGAAGUUUUUCUAAAAACUUUCAUAUGUUUUAUCCUGGACAGAAAUGUUUUUAACGCCAUGGAAUUGGAAUACAAACCGUGUUUCAAAGUUUUGGAACUAUUCGACGAAGUCCAUUUCAUGAAUUCGUAUUUCGAUAUUGUGCGCAAGGACGAUUUUUUCUUGCAUCACAGACUAUUACAAAUCUUCCCCAGUUUACAGAACUUAGUACUCAGGAGAUUGUUCGGUGGAAGGGAUGCCCCCAACGAAACCGUUAGGGAGAAUUUGAUCAAUAAGUUCAAUGAAUUGUUUGACUAUAAAAACUAUAAAAAUCUACUAUACUUUAUUUUAAUGAUGUAUGGUUCGAAAUUCAUUCCUUUUGGCCCCAAAUCCCAAGUAACUGAGUACUUUAAAGACUGUAUACUGGAUAUCUCCAAUGAGACGGCAAAUGACGUUGAAAUUUCCAUUCUGAAAGGAAUACUAAAUCUGUUUUCCAAGAUCAGAUAA